AUGACAGAAAAAGCAAGUGCAGAUGAUUUUCAAGUUCAAGAUUUUCUCAAGAAGAAGAAAAAAAAGAAGAAAAAGAAGAAGAGAAAACAUGAAGAAUACAAUAACAAACAUGAAAAUUAUGAAAGAGAAACCAUACAAAAUGAAGAGCUUAGCCCUCCUUCUCCACUGUUUGAAGAUCAGGCAGCACAGAGUGAUGAAGGCCACAGAAAGAAGAAAAAAUCCAGAGACAAGGGGGAGAAGGAGCAGUCUUUGUUAGAUAAUUCUUGUGUAGGACUGGAUCUUGAAAUUAGUAAUGGAACUGGAAUGCAUGUUUCCCAAAAGAAAAAGAGAAAAAAGAAGCAAAAGUAUGAUGAUAGCACAGAUGUUCAAAGUGAUGUAACUUGCAUCACAGUAAAUCAGUAUAACACUGAUAGUUGUCAGGGGAUGGAUGCUGAUUAUGUUUACUUAAAACAUCCUGUUAAGAACAAAAAAAAAGAAAAACUGCCUGAAGAGAAUGAGACACAUGAGCUUCCUACCUCAGAAACACAUGAUGAAAAUGACAUUAAAAUAUCAAAAAAGAAGAAGAAAAGAGACAAUAUGCAAGAAGACAGAGAUGAAGACACAGAUGUAACCAUUGACCACUCACUGUUGUCAUCUUCAGAGCAAAACGGGCAAGGGGAAGACACAGUCUUGCCGUUACCUACAGAAGAGGAUGAUAUGGCAAUGCCCCAGCAAUGGCAUGACAAUGGUGACUCUGAUGCUGCUUGUGCCAUGAGUGAAGAUUCUACAGGUGUGCCUGCUAAUUUUUCUAAGCCGACUAAAGCAGGUGAUCAAUGUCGAAAAACUCCAAGAUGUGCUAGAAAGAUAAUAAAAAGCAGAGCUUUUGUCAUGGAAGAAAGCUCUUCAGAAUCUGAUGUAACGACACCAGAACCCUCAGGAUCAAAUGGAAAGAAGGACCAGAAUAGUUCCUUUACUGAAAUGGUGGCCUCUGAUGAAGACUGCUUGGACUAUACUUUGUGUUCCAUCAUGGAUUUGGAUACUGCAAAACAAGAAUUGGAAGAGUUUAUUCCUCAUGUGAGGACCAUAGCAGAGACUUCAAUCAGGAAGAUGGCUGGAAGAGACCUAAUGAGGUUUAAAGAGUUUAAAAAACAAGGUAUUGCUGUAAAGUUUGGCAGAUUUUCCGAGAAGGAAAAUAAUCAAAUCCGUAAAAAUAUUGAAGAUUUCUUAUCGAUUACUGGAAUAGACAGUGCUGAAAAACUUCUGUUUACCUCAAGGUAUCCAGAAGACAAAGAAACCAUCAGUCGCCUAAAAGCAGAAAAUCUUUUUUGUGAAAAAAUUUCUGAGGGGAUACCACGACCCUGGAGGCUGAUAUAUUAUCGAGCAAGGAAGAUGUUUGACCCAAAUAAUUAUAAAGGGAGGUAUACUGAGGAAGAAAAAGAAAAAUUAAAGAGCUAUCAUGCUCUGCAUGGUAAUGAUUGGAAGAAGAUUUCUGAGAUGAUGUCCCGUUCAAACCUCUCAGUUGCUAUGAAGUACUCUGAAAUCAAGUCGGCUGUUAAUCAUGGUCCUUGGUCGAAGAAAGAGAUCCAGAAGUUAAUGGAUGCAGUGGAGGAGGUGGUUAGGAAAAGAGUUGAAAUGGAAGGUGAAAAUUCUCAUGCAUCAUCAGAAAAGUCAAAUAGAGAUGUUGUGGUUGAUCGUAAGAAACUGCUCCAGAAAUUACCAUGGACAGAGAUUGAAGCUAAAGUGGGGACUCGAUAUUGGAGACAAUGUAAACAGAAAUGGACUGCAAUUUUAACAAAGAAGAUGACCAAAGGGCAGCAGUUAUAUCGGGGGAUCAAAGGAUUACAGGCCAAGAUCAACCUUAUUAAAAGGUUGCAUGAAAUGAAAGUGGAGGAUCCUAAUGAAGUAAACUGGGAAGAACUCAGUACUAUUGUCGGCGAUGUCCCUAAAGGCUAUGUUCAAGCAAGAUUUUACAAGCUAAAAGUCUCCUGUGUCCCUUUUUGGCAAAAAAAGACUUUUUCUGAAAUUGUUGAUUAUAUUUUUGAAAAGAAACUUCCAGAAUUUGAAGAAAGAUUACAAAAAAUGAAAGGGAAAAAAAAAUCUGAUGAUUCAACAACCAGUCAACAGAAGAAGGCUUUCCGACUCAGUGACAUUUUUGACUCCAGUGAAGAGAGUGACUGA